AUGUAUAAACGUGAUAAUUAUGAAAACAGUAAGUUAUCAUCAUCAGUAUCCUUAUCCUCAUUGGAACUUGAAAUUUUUCAACUUCUUCAAUCAAAUGAUAUUGAAAAAAUUUGUAAAUAUCCUUAUUUACUUCAUUCUUAUACUAAUAAAAUUUAUAAAUUCUUAAAAAUUUCCACAUUGGAAAAACUUCAACCAUAUAUUAUUCCAUCUAUAAUUCGUUCAAUCCUUGGUAAAAAUUUAACUAAUGUUUAUGGAAUUUGGUCAAUUGAUGAUGAACCAGAUGGAAAUAAAGAAUUAUUUGGAUAUUCGUUAUAUCCAUCAGCUUCAUUUUUUAAUCAUUCAUGUAAUCCAAAUUUAAUUAAUAUUGAAAAGGGAGCAAAAAUUAUUUUUAAACUUUUAAAAAAUAUUAAAAAAAAUGAAGAAUUAUGUAUAAAUUAUGGUAAUUCUAUUAAUGAUGAUUUAGAAAUAAGACAAAAACUUUUAAAAAAAUGGUUUUUCGAUUGUUUAUGUGAACGAUGUGUUGAAGAAAUGAAUUUAAAAAAUGCAAAAAAAUAA